CGAUAAUUAUGCCCAUGGUUAGCCCCUACACCAAGUAUGCCAGCAUGAUCAACAAGGCCACACCCUACAACUACCCAGUGCCUGUUCGAGAUGAUGGGAACAUGCCGGAUAUCCCCACGCACCCCCAGGACCCUAAGGGCCCAAGCCUGGAAUGGCUGAAGAACCUGUGAAUACGCCUGAUGAUGGAGUACUUCCCUGUUGCCCCCCAAUAGAAAUGUGAAAACCAA